AUGCAUGGUGUUCAGUCUUCAAGGACAGGCGUCAAGGAGGGAGCCAGGCCUCCGGCCUGCAGUGACACGGCGACCGACUCCCCUACUCCAGACAGACUGACAGCUCAGAAACUUGGCAGGAGGGGCGGAGGACCCCACGCGGGGGCGGUUCUCGAGGGUGGGCUCUCAGGGGCGGGGCGGGCAGGUGGCAGAUGGAGGGACAACGCCCAGCAUGGGGGGCGGGGCCGGGCGGGCAAGGAGGAUGGCGAGCAGGCCAAGACAAUCCUGAAUCUGGGCAGCCACACCGCCUCGCCCUGCGCGCUGCUCGGCCCUAGGCCCCCUCGGACCAGCUCUGAAUCUGGGCAGAGGACAGGACGGACGCGCUGGGGCUGCGGGUGGGAGCGUGAGCCCUCUCCAGCUCUAUUCCACAGGAAGUGGUGUGAGCGCACAGAGACCGUGUGGGUGGAAGAGUUAGUGUCAGCCCCCCUGGAGGAUCUGGUCCCCUGCACCAGCCUCUACCACCACCUCCGGCUGGGCUGGCGGCUGGGCCCAACCCUAAGAAGACAGGGCUCCCUCACCUCUGACCCCAGGCUCUGUCCCAUCUACUGGCCUCUGGAAACCCGUCCAGUCGCCCAGACCCGUACUGUACCAGCUGUGAGCCUGAAUGAGUGCUGUGCCAAAGGCUGGGGGCACAGCUGGUGGGAUGGCAGCUCCCAGGCCUGCAGCCUCUGCCCUAGCCAGCGUGCCCCCUCCUCAGGAAGCACCCCUACCUUGGCCACCCUGCAGCCACUGGCAGGGGUCUGGGGUCAGCUCCCGCACCCCUCAGCCACCUGUGCCACCUGGUCUGGUGUCCACUACCGAACUUUUGAUGGACGUCACUUCCACUUCCUGGGCCACUGCACCUACCUAUUGGCAGGUGCAGCUGACUCCAGCUGGGCCGUCCACCUGUUGCCCAGGGGGCAUUGCCCCCAGCCUGAGCGAUGCCAGCUGGUCCGAGUGAUGAUGGGACCAGAGGAAGCGCUGAUCCAAGGUGGCAAUGUCUCUGUGAACGGCGUGCCUGUUUCUAACGAGGAGCCCCAGCUACUCCAUGGGAUGAGUCUGCAGUGGCAGGGGGACUGGCUGGUGCUGGAAGGAGGCCUGGGGGCCACCGUGAGGUUGGACAGGGCUGGCUCUGUGUCCAUUUCUCUGGAUCCUGGGCUCCAGGGGCAGACAAGAGGCCUGUGCGGACUCUACAACAACCGGCCAGAGGAUGACUUUCUGGUGCCGGGUGGGGGACUGGCUGCAUUGGCUGCCACCUUUGCGGAUGCCUGGAGGCUCCCAGACUCUGAGCCCAGGUGCGCGGAUGCCACAGAUGCCACUCUGGGCUGUGGAGGCCCCUUGGAGGACUCAGAGGAGACGGCUCGGGUUCGAGCAGAGGCCCAGGAUGUAUGCCAUCUGCUGCUAAGUAGCCCUUUUGAGGAAUGCCAUGUCCAGGUAGCUCCUACCGAGUACCAUGAGGCUUGUCUUUACGCUUACUGUGGGGGAACGGCGGAAAGCAGGCAAGUGGGACAGCAGGAGUCCGUGUGCACCACACUGGCCAGCUAUGCCCGGCACUGUGCCCAGCAAGGCAUCUACGUCCACUGGAGGAGGCCUGGCCUCUGUGAGCAUCGGUGCCCUGGGGGCCAGCUCUAUUCAGACUGCAUGUCCUCCUGCCCACCAAGCUGCUCCGCAGUGGGCGAGGGGAGAGAGGCGUCCUGCCGAGAGGAGUGUGUAAGCGGCUGCGAGUGCCCCCCUGGCCUAUACUGGGACGGUGCCCUCUGUAUGUCCGCUGCCCAGUGUCCGUGCUAUCACCGGCGCCAGCGCUAUGCACCCGGGGGCAUCGUGUACCAGCAGUGCAACCCCUGUGUAUGUCAGGACGGCCGCUGGCACUGUGCCCAGGCCCCAUGUCCUGCCAAGUGUGCCGUGGGUGCUGAUGGACACUACCUCACUUUUGAUGGGCGGAGAUUUUCCUUUUGGGGCAGCGAAGGAUGCCGCUACGUGCUGGUGCAGGAUCACACGAAGGGGCAGCUGUUGGUGGAGCUGGGGCAUGGGGCCUGUGAGUCUGGAAGCUGCCUCCAUGCCAUCUAUGUCACCUUGGGGGGCACCUACGUCCAGCUGAAGGACUCAGGCACUGUCCUGGUAGAUGGGCAAGAGGUGCCUGUGCCAUGGCUUGGCUCUCAGAACCUCAGCGUCUCCCGAGCCUCGUCCAGCUUCUUGCUGCUGCGCUGGCCUGGGGCCCAGGUCCUCUGGGAGGUGUCCCACCCUUCGACCACCAUCACCCUGGAGCCCCACUAUGCUCACCAGGUGCAUGGUCUGUGCGGCACUUUCACCUGGAACCAGCAGGAUGAUUUCCUGACCCCUGCUGGGGAUGUGGAAACCAGCAUUCAAGCCUUCACCAGCAAGUUCCAGGUGGCCAGCAUGGGGAAGUGCACCCCGGGCAGCAUGGUCCCCUUGCACCCCUGCAGCAUCCACACCCAGCGCCGCCCCUUUGCAGAGGCAGCCUGUAUGGUCCUGCAAGGCCAAGCCUUCCAGGAGUGCCACCAGCUUGUGGAGAGGGAGCCAUACUGGCUGCGCUGCCUAGCGACCAUGUGUGGCUGUGAUCUGGACAGAGACUGCCUGUGCCCCCUGCUCUCAGCCUAUGCCCGCCACUGUGCCCAGGAGGGUGUGUCCCUGUCCUGGAGGAGCCAGGCCCUCUGCCCUGUCACAUGUCCUGGUGGCCAGGAGCACCAAGAGUGUGCCCCACCAUGUGGCCGAAACUGCGGGGAGCCUGAGGACUGUGUGGGGCUGGGCGGCUGCGUGUCUGGGUGCACCUGUCCCCCAGGGCUACUGUGGGACCCUGCAGGCCAGUGUGUGCCCCCCAGCCAGUGUCCCUGCCAGCUAGGAGUCCUUCGUCAUGCCCCUGGCAGCAGCACCACACAAGACUGCAAUCACUGUAUCUGCCAGGAAAGGGGCCUGUGGAAAUGUACGUCCUACCACUGCCCCCACCAGAAGGCACUUUGCCCCCGGGGGCUCAUCCACAUCCCUGGUGCCUGCCUGCUCACCUGUGACAGCCCAAGUGCCAACCACAACUGCCCCAUGGGCAAUACUGAGGGCUGUGUCUGUCCACCUGGCACCUUGCUGCUGGGUGAGCACUGUGUGGCCUCUGAGCAAUGUCCCUGUCGCCACAGUGGGCAAUGGUACCCACCAAAUGCCACCAUCCAGGAAGAUUGCAAUAUCUGCGUGUGCAAAGGCCAGAGGUGGCACUGCACGGAGCAGCAGUGUGGGGGGCACUGCCAAGCCUCAGGUGCUCCCCACUACGUAACAUUUGACGGGCUGGCGUUCACCUUCCCUGGUGCCUGCGAGUACCUACUGGUGCGAGACACCAGCGGCCGGUUCUCAGUGUCCGUGCAGAAUCUUCCCUGUGGGGACAGUGGCCUCACCUGCACCAAGACACUGAAGCUGCAGCUAGAGGGCACCAUCAUGCACCUGCUACGAGGCCGGGCUGUGACGGUCAAUGGGGUGCCCAUCUCACUCCCCAAGGUCUACAAAGGCCCAGGGCUGAGCCUGCGCCAUGCUGGCCUCUUCCUUGUGCUCAGGACUCGCCUGGGCUUCAUUCUACUCUGGGAUGGAGGCACCCGGGUGCUGGUGUACCUGCCUCCCCAGUUCCGAGGCCACGUGGAGGGGCUGUGCGGUGACUUCGAUGGAAAUGCCAGCAAUGACCUGAGGAGCCGCCAGGGAGUCCUGGAGCCCACUGCAGAGCUGGCCGCCCAUUCUUGGCGCCUCCAGCCACUCUGUCCAGAGCCUGGAGACCUGCCUCACCCUUGCACCGUGAAUGCCCACAGGGCGGCUUGGGCCCGGGCUCGCUGCAGCACCAUGCUGCAGCCUCUCUUCGCCUCGUGCCACGUGGAGGUCCCUCCACAGACACACUACGAGCGGUGUGUGCACGACGCCUGCGGCUGUGAUUCUGGGGGUGACUGUGAAUGCCUCUGCUCCGCGAUCGCGGCCUAUGCGGACGAGUGUGCUCGCCACGGUCACCGCCUGCGCUGGCGCAGCCAGGAGCUCUGUCCUCUGCAGUGCGAAGGGGGCCAACAUUAUGACACCUGUGGUCCCACAUGUCCCCCGACCUGCCGUGACCAGACACCUGAGCCCGGAUGGCACUGCCAGGUGGCUGCCUGUGUGGAAGGCUGCUUCUGCCCUGAGGGGACUGUGCUGCAUGGCAGCACCUGCCUAGAGCCCACCUCUUGCCCCUGUGAGUGGGGGGGCAGCUUCUUCCCACCCGGGACUGUGCUGCAACAGGAUUGUGGGAACUGCUCAUGCCAGGACAGCCAGUGGUCCUGCAAGAACAGUCGCUGUGAGGAGCAGACACCAGGCUGUGCCGAGGGAGAGACUACAUGCCAGGGGAAUGGACACUGUGUGCCCCUCGGAUGGCUGUGUGACAACCAGGAUGACUGUGGUGAUGGCUCAGAUGAGGAGGGCUGUGCCACCACAGACUGUGGGGAGGGCCAGUUCUCCUGUACUUCUGGCCAAUGUCUGCCCAUGGCCUUACACUGUGAUGGGCAGGACGACUGUGCUGAUGGGGCUGACGAGAAGGGCUGCCCUUGCCCCCACGAGUCUCUGGCCUGUGCGGACGGGCACUGCUUGCCCCUGCCACUGCUGUGUGAUGGCCACCCAGACUGUCCAGAUGCUGCAGAUGAAGAGUCCUGCCUGGGGAGCACCAACUGCACCUUGGGAGAAGUGUCUUGUGGAGAUGACAGCUGCAUAGGUGCUUUCAAGCUGUGCGAUGGGGUCUGGGACUGCCGUGACGGAGUGGACGAAGGGCCUGGACACUGCCCUCUCCCUGCUUUGCCCACACCCCCUCUUUACUCCUUGGAGAUUGCACCAGCUCUUGCAGGCAGCCUUGGACCCAGUGAGGUCCCCACAGCGCUGGCCUGCAGUCCUACUGAGUUUGCUUGUGGAAGCAGCGAGUGUGUCCCUAGGGGCUGGCGCUGCGAUCACGAUGAGGAUUGUGCAGAUGGCAGCGAUGAACACAACUGUGAAUCUACCCAGCUGCCCCUUUGUCCGGGCCUCUUCGCCUGUGGCUUGGACCCUGAACUGUGCCUGCCUCCAGACUGGCUUUGUGAUGGAACACAAGACUGUCCCCGGGGUGAAGAUGAGCUGGACUGCGAGGAGUUGCCACUUCUCGGGAUCCCCAACAGGACCAGGGAACCCUGCCCGGAGUACUCCUGCCCUGAUGGCACCUGCAUCAGGUUCCAGCUGGUGUGUGAUGGGCGUCCGGACUGUGAAUUAGUAGCGGGCUCAGGACCCUCCCCAGAAGAGCAGGGCUGUGGGACCUGGGGCCCCUGGAGCCCAUGGUCACUGUGCAGCCAGACGUGUGGGCCAGGGGUGCAGGACCGGAGUCGUCGCUGUGUUCCUACCAGCUCCCUGGUGCUGCAGCACUGCUUAGGCCCUGAACACCAGUCUCAGGUCUGCUUCUCUGUGGCCUGCCCAGUGGAUGGGGCGUGGAGCCCCUGGUCAGCCUGGUCUCCCUGCCUGCAGCCCUGUAGGGGCACCACGACUCGGCAGCGAAGUUGCCACCCACCCCAGAAUGGGGGCAGAAGCUGCACCAUGAUGCCUGGGGAACCUCAUAGCACCCACCAGACCAAGCUCUGCACUCAGGAUGGCUGUUCUAAUACCACCUGCCCUGAAGACUUGGUGCUUUGGCCCUGUGCCCCCUGCCCUCUGACCUGUGAGGAUGUGUCCAGUCAAGGCUCAUGCCCUCUUGACCAGCCGUGCAGCCCAGGCUGCUGGUGCUCUGAGGGACAGGUGUUGGGCAGCGAGGGGCGCUGUGUGUGGCCCCAGCACUGCCCUUGCUUGGUGGAUGGUGUCCACUACUGGGCUGGCCAACACAUAGAGGCCAACUGUCAGCACUGCAUCUGCCAAGAUGGGCGGCCCCAGAACUGCCAGCCCAGCCAGGACUGCAGUGUGAACUGUGGCUGGUCAGCCUGGUCCACCUGGGCCAGGUGCCUGGGUCCCUGUGGGAGCCACAGUGUCCAGUGGUCUUUCAGGAGCCCCACCAACCCCCAACACUCUGGCAGAGGUAGCCAGUGCCGAGGUAUCCACCGCAAGGCUCGCAGAUGCCAGACGGAGCCAUGUGGGGUGUGUGAAUGGCAGGGCCGGACUUUCCGUGUAGGGCAACGAUGGCGCCGGGGCCUUUGUGAGGUGUGCCAGUGCUUAUACAAUGGCACCAUGGGCUGUUCCCUCUACUGCCCACUGGGCGGCUGCCCCCAGGGCUGGGUGCUGGUUGAGGGGGUGGGAUCCAGGUGCUGCCACUGUGUGCUCAUGCUGCCUGGGGGGAAACAGACGGCACCCCCUCCGGCCACUCUGGCUUCUGCUCCUCCUCCUAGCCCGCAGAUGAGACCCUCUCUGGCCAUAUACCUUCUGCCUCCACCAGGAGAUUCCUGCUACUCUCCCCUGGUCCUGACUGGACGCCCCCAGGGUGUCCUGCAAGUACUGUCCCAGCAGUUGGAGCUUGCAGCCCAGGCCACCUUCCUGGGUGUUUCCUCCGAGGGAAGCCCUGAGGGGAACCAGGCUGGUCUGCACAUCCUACCCCGCUCCCUACAACUGGACCUACAGCAGCCCCGGAACCUCACGGGUGUGCUGGUGCAGGGGGUGGAGGUCGCAGCUGAAGUCUCUCUGCAGUUCAGUGCCGAUGGCCUCCACUGGCUCGAGGACCGGGAAGUCCUGGGUGGCCUGCUGUUCCGGCUGCAGGUACAGGGCUGCCCCUUGGCCUAUCCUGAGAGCGGGGACAGGCAAAGCCCUGCCAAGUGGAUCUUCAGCCGGAUGGUGCAAGCGCGCCACGUGCGGGUGCAGCUCAGGGACCCUCAGCCGGGGGUCUCUGUGCUCUUGCAGCUUCUGGGCUGUGAGCCAGGUCCGAAGUCCUCAUCAGGAGCUGGGCCCCGCUGUGACAGUGGUGAGUGUGUCCCAAAAGGGGCUGAGUGCGAUGGCGCGGAGGACUGCGUGGGCGAUUUGGACAAAGAGCGCUGUGAGCCUGCGCAGAACAGCGCUGGCAGGCUGCAUCCCACAACAGGGACCUCAGGGCCCCCCUUCACUCAGCCUGGGGAAAUGAGUGGACAUGGGGUACCUUGGCCCGAGGAGUGCAGUCUAGGGCAGGAGGACUGCAAGGUGCUGGGCUGUGUGAAGCUGGAGCAGCUGUGUGAUGGGCAGGAGGACUGUCUAGAUGGCUCUGACACUGUGGUGAGCAAGACAGGCGUCUACUGUUGCUGGGACUCUGGAGAGUCUUGGGCUCGGAGGGUCCCUGGACACCAUUUCUGGCCUUAUAUGGAUGGUCUGAAGAGACCUCAGGUGUCACGAACCAGUGCUGUGCCCUUUCUGGUGCCCAUAACGGCCCUGCCGGGACGGCCAGCCAGCUGCUCCCCACAGCAGCUGCGCUGCGCCAGUGGAGAAUGCCUGUCUUCCCUGAGGCGCUGUGACCUGCAGCCCGACUGCCUGGACGGCUCUGAUGAACACGACUGUGUGGACUGUGUGCUGGCUCCCUGGUCUGCCUGGAGUCACUGCAGCCGCAGCUGUGGGCCUGGUGUCACGGUCCAGCUCCGGCAGACACUUCGGCACCCCCUGCCUGGGGGCAGCUGUGUGCUUGACCGUAUCCGGAGUCAGUCCUGCUUCCUUCAGGCUUGUCCAGUACCUGGGGCAUGGACUGUGUGGGAGGCCUGGGGACCUUGCAGUGUUUCUUGUGGGGGUGGCCACCAGACUCGGAGGAGGAGCUGUGGGGACCCACCACCCAAGAACAACGGUGCCCCCUGCCCAGGGGCCUCCCAGGAAACAACACUCUGCAGCUUGCAGCCAUGUGGAGAUGGCACCGACUGUGGGCCUGGCCUUGUGCAUGUGAAUGCUGAACUGUGCCAGAAGGGCCUCAUUCCCCCGUGCCCAGCCUCCUGCCUGGACCCUGAGGCCAACAAAAGCUGUAGUGGACACUGUCUUGAAGGAUGCCGCUGCCCGCCUGGGCUGCUCCUAUAUGAGGCCACCUGCCUGCUCCCCUCCCAGUGCCCCUGCAUGGUGGAUGAGGAGCUGAAGCUGCCAGGAAGGCCUUUUCUGCUGGACAACUGCAGCCUGUGCAUCUGUGAGGAGGGGGCUUUGCGGUGUGAAUCCAGGGACUGUCCUGUGCCCUGCAGCUGGUCAGCCUGGUCCACCUGGGGCCCCUGUGACCACUCUUGUGGCUCUGGAGUGAGGGCUAGGUUUAGGUCUCCCUCUAACCCUCCUGCUGCCAAUGGGGGGACCCCAUGUGAUGGGGACACACAGGAACUUCAAGCCUGCUACACGGAGUGUGGGUCAGAGGUGCAGGGCUGGACACCCUGGACACCAUGGUCCCCCUGCAGCAAGACCUGCCUUCUGCCUGGGGAACAGCCAGACUGGCGAAGACGUUCUCGGCUCUGCCUGGGCCCCGGACAAGCAUUCUGCCUCGGAGAGGAUGCCCAGGAGGAACCCUGCAGGCCCCAGGGGUGUCCAGUGCCAAGUGCCUGGGGUCCAUGGGCUCCCUGGUCCACUUGCUUAGUCCCCUGUGAUGGAGGCAUCCGGACACGUGGGCGCAGCUGCUUUGGCACAACUCCCAGGGCCUCCGAGUGCCAAGGACCCCACAGCCAAACCCAGGACUGCAACACGCAGCCCUGCUCAGCCCACUGUCCCUGGGACAUGGUGUUCCGCUCUGAGGAGCAGUGCCUCCUGGAGGGUGGACCAUGUUCUCGGCUGUGCACGGCAUGGAGCCCAGGGGUGGAGUGCACUGGCUUCUGCACCCCAGGCUGCGCCUGCCCACCUGGCCGUUUCCUGCAUGCUGCGCGCUGUCUGCUGCGCCACCAGUGUCCCUGCCAGUGGCAUGGGCAGCUCUAUCAGCCCGGAGCAAUGACUCGCCCAGACUCCUGCAACAACUGCACCUGUGUCUCUGGGGAGAUGAAAUGCACCUCUCAGCCCUGCCCAGUAACUUGCAGCUGGAGUCCCUGGACCUUCUGGACUGCUUGCAGCCGAAGCUGUGACGUGGGCAUUCGGUGGCGCUUCAGGGCAGACACUGCUCCUCCAGCUGCCUUUGGAGGGGCUGAAUGCCAUGGCCCCAGCAUGGAGACUGAGUUCUGCAGCCUGCAGCCCUGUUGGGGCCCAGGCCAGGAGUGGGGUCCUUGGUCACCAUGCUCUGUGCCAUGUGGUGGUGGCUACAGGAAUCGCACUCAGGGCAGUGGCCCCCACAGCCCUCUGGACUUCUCUACCUGUGGCCUGCAGCCCUGUUCAGGACCAGUGCCUGGAGUGUGUUAUGGAGAUCAGCAGUGGAUGGACUGUGCCCCAGGCCCUGCCUCCUGUGCAGAGUUGGGUGCCCCUAAAGCGGCUAACAGGCUUUGUCAACCUGGCUGCUACUGCCCACCUGGGACACUCCUGCUGAACAAUGUGUGCGUGCCCACUCAUGACUGCCCCUGUGUGCACGAGGGGCGCCUGCAUGCCCCAGGGAGUACCGUGCUCCGACGCUGUGAGAACUGCACCUGCCUCUCAGGACUGGUCACCAGCUGUAAAUCGCGGCCCUGUGCAGAAGCCCUGCCCUCAUGGUCACCCUGGACCCCCUGGAGCGAGUGCUCGGCUUCCUGUGGCCCGGCUUGGCGCCACCGCCACCGCUUCUGCCCUGGAGUCCCCAGCGCCUUGCAGUCCCUGGUUCCAAGGCCAUCCACGUCACCCUGCAGGGGUCCAGAGGCCGAAGAGAAGCCCUGUGACCAGCCAGACUGCGACAGAGCUGGGGGCUGGGGUCCCUGGGGUCCCUGGUCUCACUGUAGCCGGAGCUGUGGUGUAGGCUUGCGGGUUCGAACCCGUGCAUGCGACAACCCCCUGCCGCAGGGUCUGGGGGACUACUGCGAAGGUCCUGGGGCCCAGGCAGAGGCCUGCCAGGACCAGCUUUGUGAAGUGGCUGACUGCACUGCUGUCCAAGGGACCGAGUACAGCCUCUGUGGCCCGCCUUGCCCUCGCUCCUGUGACGACUUGGUGCUGUGCAUAUGGCAUUGUCAGCCAGGCUGUUACUGCCCACCAGGCCAAGUGCUGAGCUCUGAUGGGGUCACCUGUGUGCAGCCUGGCCACUGCAGCUGCCUGAACAUGCUCACCGGGGAGCGGCACCACGCCCAAGCACGGCUGGCCCAAGCUGAUGGCUGCAACUACUGCACCUGCCUAGAGGGGAAGUUCAACUGCACAGACCUGCCCUGCCCAGUGUCUGGGGGCUGGUGCCCAUGGUCAGAAUGGACGCCUUGCUCACUGCCCUGCCGCGGCCAGAGGAGGACCCGCUCCCGGGCCUGUGCCUGCCCCUCCCCACAGCAUGGGGGCACCCCAUGCCCUGGGGAUACAGGGGCCCACCAAGAACAGGAGUCUUGCCCCAGUGCUGAGCCCUGCCCAGAGGAUGGAGCCUGGAGCCCGUGGGGAUCCUGGUCUCCUUGUGACAUGUGUGGGGGGCAGUCCCAUAGGAGCAGGACAUGCACCCAGCCCCCUCCACCCGAGGGAGGCAGGCCCUGUGCUGGUGCCCACAGGCAGAGCCGCCCCUGUCGGGACAAUGCCUCACCAUGUACAGACUGUGAGGGUGGCCAGAACCUUGUGCCUUGUGGGCGGUUCUGUCCCCGAUCCUGCCAGGACCUGUCCCCAGGAAGUGAGUGCCAGCCAGGCUCCACCAGCUGCCAGCCUGGCUGUGGGUGUCCCUCAGGCCAGCUGGUCCAGGAUGGACUUUGUGUGCCACCUUCCCUCUGCCGCUGCCAGUUCCAGCCUGGAGCCAUGGGUAUCCCUGAGAACCACAGCAGGUUGGCAGGGCCUGGGUUUAGCUCCUGGGAGAACUUGGAUCCUGGAGAGGUGGUGAUGGGGCCAUGUGACACCUGCACCUGCGUGGCGGGCAGCCUCCUGUGCAAGGAUGUGCCUGGCUGCCCUGGCCCUGGAGUGUGGACAUCCUGGGGCCCCUGGGAGGGCUGCAGUAUGUCCUGCGGUGGUGGGGAGCAGCUGCGUGCCCGGCACUGUGGCCGCCCACCUUGUCCAGGGCCUGCACGCCAGAGCCGCACUUGCCACACCCAGGUGUGCAAAGAGGCUGGGUGUCUGGCUGGGCGUCUGUACCGGGAGUGCAAGCCGGGUGAGGGCUGCCCCUUCUCUUGUGCCCACAUCACACAGAAGGUAGGCUGCUACUCUGAGGGCUGCGAAGAGGGCUGUCACUGCCCCCUGGGCACUUUCCAGCACCGCCUGGCCUGUGUGCAGGAGUGCCCCUGUGAGCUGACUGCAUCGCUGCUUCAGGAACUGAGGGCCCUCAGCUCGGACCCUGGGGCUCAGCUACUCCUUUUGGGAGAGGAAGGUCAACCUUUGGGGCCCAGGGAUGAUCUGGGCUCAGGGCAGACCCUUCAUGUGGGUUGCAACCACUGCUCUUGUGUAAAUGGCACACUGACCUGCUCCCAGGAUAACUGCCCCACGGCCAGCAGCUUUGGUGCCUGGAGUGCAUGGGGCCCGUGCUCAGUCUCCUGUGGGGGGCUGGGGACCCGCAGCCGCAGCCGUCUUUGUGUGAGUCCCUCUCUUCAAGGCCAGGACUGCCUGGGACCACGGCAGGACCUUUCAACCUGCUCCAGCCCAGACUGUCCAGGUGUUGAAGUGAAGCCAACGACAGGUAUCCCAGCCGCCUGGGGUCCGUGGUCCUCGUGGUCUUCCUGCUCCCGCAGUUGCACAGACCCCACCCGCCCUGCCUGGCGCCACCGUGCCCGCCUCUGCUGGGCCAACUGCACCAGAGCGGACGCUAUGCAGGAGCGGCCAUGCAACCUCCCCUCGUGCACAGGGCCACUCCUCUGCCCAGGUCCAGGCUGCAUGGCUGGAAACUGCUCCUGGACGGCCUGGGGUCCCUGGGAACCGUGUUCUCGCAGCUGCGGAGUAGGCCAGCAGCGCCGCCUGCGGGCGUACUGGCCACCAGGGCCUGGUGGGCACUGGUGCCCGGACAUUCUGUCCGCCUACCAGGAGCGCCGCUUCUGUAACCUGCGUGCUUGCCCAGUGUCUGGAGGCUGGUCCCGUUGGAGCCCUUGGUCCUUGUGUGACCGAAGCUGCGGUGGGGGCCGAUCUCUGAGAAGCCGAAGUUGCUCUAGUCCCCCACCCAAGAAUGGGGGUGCCCCCUGUGUUGGGGAACAGCACCACACUCGGCCCUGCAACCCCAUGCCCUGCGAGGACGGCUGUCCGGCUGGAAUGGAGGUGGUUGUCUGUGCCAACCGCUGCCCUCGUCAAUGCUCGGACUUUCAGGAAGGGACUGUGUGCCAGGACCAGGAGGCCUGCCAACAUGGCUGCCGCUGCCCUGAGGGGUCUUUGGAGCAGGGAGGCCACUGUGUACCCAUCAGUCACUGUGAGUGCACAGAUGCCCAGGGCCAGGUCUGGGCCCCAGGCAGCAAACGCCAAGAGGCUUGUAGCACCUGCACAUGCCAAGAAGGCCGACUCUCCUGCACCACCCAGCCUUGCCCCCCGCCUGCCCACUGUGCCUGGAGUGGGUGGUCAGCCUGGAGUACUUGCAGCCAUUCCUGUGGGCCUGGAGGACAGCAGAGUCGCUUCCGGUCCUCCACAUCGGGAUCCUGGGCACCUGAGUGCCGAGAGGAGCAAUCCCAGAGCCAGCCUUGUGUGCAGUCCCCCUGCCCCCCACUGUGUGUACAGAACAGCCGUCUCCGCACCCUGGGAGACCACUGGCUGCAGGAGUCCUGUGAGCAGUGCUCCUGCACCCCAGAAGGCGUGAUGUGUGAUGACACAGGAUGUGCAGCAUCUGACGCCUGGACAUCAUGGUCCUCGUGGUCCAGCUGCCCAGUGUCCUGUGGAGGUAGCAGUCAAGUUCGCACUCGGGCAUGCACAUCCUCUGCCUCCAUCCCAGGGGGACGGCCCUGUUCAGGUCCAGACUCUGAGGUCCAGUCCUGCGGACAGCAGCCCUGCCCAGGGUUGCCUGAGGUCUGCUCCUGGGGGCCAUGGGGACUCUGCUCCCAAAGCUGUGGCCCUGGCCUGGCUUCCCGCUCUGGGGUCUGCCCAUGUUUGUUGUCUGAGGCACACCCUACCUGCAAUGGCACCUUCCUACACCUGGAUACCCGUGCGUGCUACUACAGGCCUUGUCCAGAGGCAUGCAUAUGGAGCAGCUGGAGCAGUUGGACCAGGUGCUCAUGCAGAGUUCCGGUGCAGCAGAGAUACCGCCACCAGGAGCCAGCACCUGGGGCCCUAGAGGAUGUGCCCUGCACACAGCUCAACAGCCACUUCCGUCCAUGCCCCCUCAGCACCUGCUCUGAGGACAGCUGCACACCUCCCUUUGAGUUCAGGGCCUGUGGCUCACCCUGCACUGCCCUCUGUGCCACACGCCUGCAAGGCCAGCUCUGCCAGGACCUGCCUCCUUGCCAGUCUGGCUGCUACUGCCCUGAGGGUUUGCUGGAGCAGGCGGGGGCCUGUGUGCCCCUUGAGCAGUGUCGCUGUGUGCACAUUCCGGGAGGGGCUCCAGGUCUGGCCCUGGCCCCUGGGGGCCGUCUGUGGCUUGGCUGUAAGGAGUGUGAGUGCCAGCGUGGGGAGCUCCAAUGUGUCGUUGAGGGCUGUCGAGGUCUUCUGCCACUGAGUGGCUGGUCUGAGUGGACGCCCUGUGGGCCCUGCCUGCCUCCCAGUGCCCUGGCCCCUGCCUCAAGAACUGCCCUUCAGGGGUACUGGGCCCAGGACCCCACUUUAGCCCCCCAGUUGGCUUCAGAGCAGCACCGGUACCGCCUCUGUCUGGAUCCUGAGACAGGGCGACACUGGGCUGGCGAUCCUCAGCUGUGCACUGCACCCCUCAGCCAGCAGCGUCUCUGCCCUGACCCUCAGGCCUGCUGGGACCCAUGUCAGUGGAGUCCUUGGGGAGCCUGGAGCCCCUGUCAGCUGCCAUGUGGUGGGGGUUUCCGUCUACGCUGGAGAGAUGCAGGGAGCACCCCUGGAGAAGGCUGCCGGGGGCCUUGGGCUCAGACCGAGGGGUGCAACCUGGCUCCCUGUGCAGGGGUAAGCUGUGCGACACAUGGUGCCGAGUUCAGCCUGGGCUGUGCCAACCACUGCCCACGGGCCUGUGCUGACCUCUGGGACCAAGUACAGUGCCUGCAGGGGCCCUGUCGCCCAGGCUGCCGCUGCCCCACAGGACAGCUGCUCCAGGAUGGACACUGUGUGCCCAUCUCUUCUUGCCGCUGCAGCCUUCCUGGCCACAAUGCCUCUCGGGAGCUGUCCCCAGCUGAGAUCUGGCAGCUGGACUGCCAAAACUGGUACUGGAUUGCUGCAUGCCCUCCAGGGGAAGUGUGGCAGGUGGUGGCCCCCGGGGGGCCUAGGCUCUGCGAACCCACUUGCCGGGAGGUGAAUGGCACAGACACUCUGAGGAGCAGCUGCAGUAUGGUGCGGGCGGGUUGUGUGUGUCAGCAAGGACAUUUCCGCAGCCAGGAGGGGACCUGUGUCCUCCCACAUGAGUGUGAGUGCUGGCACCACGGGCGCCCCCACCAGCCUGCAUCUGAGUGGCAGGAGGGUUGUGAGAGCUGCCGCUGCCUCUCAGGGAGGAAUGUCUGCUCCCAGCACUGUCCCUUGCACACCUGUGGCCAGAAUGAAUUGAAUACUCAAGAGCCAGGGACCUGCUGCCCCACCUGCCAGCAGCCGACACUGGAGGGGCUGGGGGCCUCCUGCCAGCACUUCACAGAGAAGCGCAACCUCACCAAGGGCCCCUGCCACCUGGACCAGGUGGAGGUGAGCUACUGCAGGGGGCACUGCCCAUCCAGCACGGAUGUCAUCCCUGAGGAGCCCUACCUACAGAGUCGAUGCGAGUGCUGUAGCUACCAGUUGGACCCUGACAGCCCUGUGCGUGUGCUGGGCUUGCACUGUCCAGGUGGCCGAGUGGAGCCAGUGGUGCUGCCUGCCAUCCUCAGCUGCCACUGCAGUGCCUGCCCAGGUGAGGGAGAGGUGAUUUCUCAAAGCGCUGAAGGCACCUUCAUGACAGUACCUGUGGGCAUGGAGAAGACCAAGCCCGUCAUCCUGUAA